AUGGCGGAAGGGGAGAGGCCGAGGCCGCUCCUCCGACUGGUGCAGGAGGGACGGCUGGACCUCCUUCGGGACGAGCUGCGGCCGGAUGAUGCGCUGGGCCCAGCAGUGCGGAGCCAGCGCUACGGGCGCUUGGGGGACACGCUGCUGCACCACGCUGCCCGCUACGGGCACCGGGACGUCCUCGCCUACCUGGUAGAAGCGCUGGGGAUGGACGUUGAGGUGUUCAAUAGUGACUACAAAAGACCCCUCCACGAAGCAGCCUCCAUGGGCCACGGGGAAUGUGUUUCCUACCUCCUGGAGAGAGGUGCGAGCGUAGACUGCUUGAAAAAGGCAGACUGGACUCCCCUAAUGAUGGCUUGCACCAGGCAAAACCUGGAGGUGAUCAAAGCUCUCGUGGAGCAUGGAGCCAACCCACUGCUGAAGAAUAAGGAUGGCUGGAAUUGCUUCCACAUCGCGAGCCGGGAGGGCCAUCCCCAGGUCCUCCGGUACCUGCUGGACAUGUCCCCGGGCAGCUGGGACACGGAGAGCACGAUAAAGAGAACGCCGCUGCACACAGCAGCAAUGCAUGGCUGUUUUGACGUUGUGGAGCUGCUCCUGGAGCGGUGCCAGUACAAACCUGACAGCAGAGACAAAUGUGGAGUCACUGCCUUUAUGGAUGCUAUCCAGAACGGGCAUGUCAACAUUGCCCGGCUGCUUUUGGAAAAACACCAGGCCUGUCCUACAGCCAUGGACGCGCUAGGCGCUCAGCCUCUGCACCGGGCAGCCGUCACAGCCCAGGAUGAAGCCAUCCAGUUCCUCGUCUCUGAGCUGGGUGUCGAUGUCAACGAGAGAGCGACGGCCCUCCAACUCACAGCACUGCACUACGCAGCCAAGGAAGGACACGUGCACACCAUCCAGACGCUGCUGUCCCUUGGCGCUGAUGUCCACGCAAAGGAUGGGAAGAGCCGUUCUGCCCUGCACGCAGCGUGCGCUGGGCAGCAGGCAGCUGCCGCACGGAUCCUGCUCUGCGCCGGGCUGCAGGACACCCCGGAUGGCACAGGCACACUGGCACGGCAGCUCGCGAGGAAGCCGGAUGUCAUCCAGGUUUUCCAGGAAACAAAUGUCAGCCCGUGAGACGUAAUGGGAAAAAGAGAAACACAUUUAAUUUCAGCGU